UGUGGUGCUGACUUGUUGGAGCAGCAGCUGCGGAUGUUCUGACUCUGCAGCCUGCAGGCGGUUCCUCUGCAGAGGGAGGGAAGGAGGGCGGGGCCACAGAAACAAGGAACUUCCUGCUGAGCCACUACAACGGAGGAAGGAUGAAUGUGGGUGUAGCUCACAGCGAAGUGAACCCCAACACGCGGGUGAUGAACAGCCGGGGGAUCUGGCUCACCUACCUGCUCCUGACGAUCGUGCUGCAUGUCGUGCUGCUCAGUAUACCGUUCUUCACCGUGCCGCUGGUCUGGACCCUCACCAACGUCAUCCACAACCUGGUGAUGUACCUGUUCCUACACACAGUGAAGGGAACUCCCUUCGAGACGCCGGACCAGGGCAAAGCUCGUCUGCUCACACACUGGGAACAGAUGGACUACGGUGUCCAGUUCACAUCUUCGCGUAAAUUCCUCACCAUCUCACCAAUCGUCCUGUAUAUUCUGGCCAGUUUCUACACAAAAUACGACGCCACACAUUUCCUGAUCAACACAAGCUCCCUCCUAAGUGUCGUCCUCCCGAAGUUGCCUCAGUUUCAUGGAGUGCGGAUUUUUGGAAUCAACAAAUACUGACAGAACUCUGGAUUAUAACCUCCAACGCUGGACUUGAGUUUUUUUUUUUUUUCUUGUUUCCGUGGAACUAUUUAAUGUUGAGAGGAGGUUUGAGGAGAAGAGUUUGAUUCGUCUUUCCUGUACAGACUGUGUGAAGUAACUUAUGAAAGCUGCAGUGUGUGCUGCGACGUGCAGCCUGAGAAGUCAUUAUUUUCUUUCCUGAUCUUUCUUGUCUGGAGUCGGACUCUUUGCUGAUCUUCAAAUAUGAGCAACAUUUGAACUGCUUUGCUUUUUAAAGGAAAUAUGUAUUUGUUACUCUGCCACAGACGUAGUUAUUUAUCAGGACUGAGAGUUCCUGGUUGUCGUGUUAUGAAUGAUGUCUUUUUCUUGAUUUACUAUGAAGGAUUUACUCGCAGCAUUCCUCCAAUAAACACUUUCAGUCUUUA